CUCAGAAAAAAAAAUAGAAAGGAGAGGAGGAAAAAAAACUCCAAGGCUUGUUAUGGAGUUCGUGUGAAAGAAACACGGAUUUCCACCCUUCUUUACCAGUUAAACCAGUAUCUCUGGAUAGAGCACACUCAAGUACUUCAACAGGUAGAGUCUCCUACCGCAAAACUCUUUCGUGGCGCCUCUGAAAAUAAUCUCCCCUUUUUUCUCUCUCCGUUUACCUCAAUUGAGUUUCUAGCCCUUUUGUUCGCUCUUCUUAUCACUUGGAAAAAGGUGAACCCUCGUGUUAUUUUUAUUUUAAUCUUUGCUUUAAUUGUAGUUUUUUACCCUUGUGGUCCCUGAUGGCUUCGCACAGUGAUACUCUGGUGGUGUUCUUUGGGGCAACAGCUGGUGCAAAUGGGGGUAAACUGGGUUCGGAUGAGAGGGAAAUAAUUCUCUUGGUGUGGCAAAUUGUGGAUCUACAUGAGAAAAAGGUCGGGAAGCUUCAUAGGUGUCUAGUGAAGCCUGACUCUUUGGAGCGGACAGACGAGUGUAAAGAGGAGACAGGGCUGACUGUGGAAGAUAUCCUCAAAGCUGAGCCCCUGGAUACAGUUCUGCAACAGUUCCAGCAGUCGGUGUCAUCCGAAGUGAAAUCCCUCGGCAGAAGCUCGUUCACACUUUGUGUCGACAGUCCGCUCGUCAUCCGACAGGCGCUCCAUCCAGAAGCUUCCACAAAGAAUCUCGUCCUUCCUGAAUGUUUCUUUUCAUUUGUGGACUUGAAGAAAGACUUUCAGAAAUGCUGCCCCGACGCCACCGCUGCACAGCAGCUCACACCUGCCUCCAUGUUGGAAUAUGUUGGUCUCCCAGCUGUGUCGGAGCAGUCGAUGGGAGAGACGGAGGUGAGCAGCAUGGUGCAGCUGACCCUCCACCUCCUGGCUGAGCCCUACAACCACAAGUUCUCCUGUGUGGAAACGGUGAAGUACAAGUUUGAUUCUGGCACAUGCAGCAAAACAGAGCCGGUGGACAGUGAGACGGUGAUCAGAGCGCGGGGACUUCCAUGGCAGUCUUCUGACCAAGACAUCGCUCGCUUCUUUAAAGGCCUCAGCAUUGCCAAGGGUGGCGUGGCCCUGUGUCUGAACGCUCAAGGCAGGAGGAACGGUGAGGCCUUAGUUCGUUUCAUAAACUCGGAACACCGGGACCUGGCUCUCGAACGUCACAAGCACCACAUGGGCAGCCGCUACAUUGAGGUGUACAAGGCCACAGGAGAGGAAUUCCUCAAGAUUGCAGGAGGCACGUCUAACGAGGUGGCCCAGUUCCUGUCCAAAGAGAACCAGGUGAUAAUCCGUAUGAGGGGCUUGCCCUUCACCGCCACAUCCCAGGAAGUGCUGUCCUUCCUCGGCCCCGAGAGCCCCGUCACAGACGGUGCGGAGGGUCUGCUCUUUGUCAAGUACCCCGAUGGACGGCCCACCGGCGAUGCCUUUGUGCUCUUCUCUUGUGAAGAGUACGCCCAGAAUGCCCUGAAGAAGCACAAGCAGAUCCUGGGGAAGCGCUAUAUCGAGCUGUUUCGGAGUACUGCAGCGGAGGUGCAACAGGUCCUGAACCGCUACAUGUCGGCUCCUCUGAUCUCCACCCUCCCCCCCUCCCCCAUCGUGCCGGUCCCGGUCAUGGCCCAGCCGUACCUCCCAGCGGCCAGCAGCAGUCGGGACUGUGUGCGCCUGCGAGGCCUGCCCUACACCGCCGGCAUCGAAGAUAUCCUGGAGUUCAUGGGAGAGCACACCGUGGACAUCAAACCCCACGGAGUCCACAUGGUGCUCAACCAACAGGGUCGGCCCUCUGGUGACGCUUUCAUCCAGAUGAGAUCACCUGACAAGUCGUUCAUGGUGGCCCAGAAGUGCCACAAGAAGACCAUGAAGGACCGGUACGUGGAGGUGUUCCAGUGCUCCACGGAGGAGAUGAGCAUCGUGCUGAUGGGAGGAACCCUGAACCGCAGCGGCCUCUCCCCCCCGCCCUGCAAGCUUCCCUGUCUGUCCCCCCCCACAGCCUACGCCUUCCCCACCCCCCCCUCCAUGCUCUCUGAAGCGGCCCUCUACCAGUCCCCCCUGCUGGCUGCUCCCAGACCCCCCCAGAGCAUGACACACAGCCCUGCUCACGCUCUGGCCUACUAUCCCCCCCAGCCACACAUGUACAUGAACAUGAACAUGAACUACACAGCGUACUACCCCAGCCCCCCAGUGUCCCCCUCCACAAUGAGCUACUUUGCAGCUCCACCUGGAUCGAUGGCAGCAGCGGUCGCAGCCCAGCCCCACCCUGCAGGCUCCGCCUCCUCCGUAAUGCCGCAGCCUGGAGCCCUGAUGAGGAUGCAGGGCCUGCCCUACAACACCGGGGUCAAGGACAUCCUCAGCUUCUUCCAGGGAUACCAGUACGCCCCUGAGGAGUACAGCGGCAUGGUUCAGAUGAGCCAUCAGGCCAGGAGUCUGAUUCAGCCCAAAGAAUGGCUCUGUCUUUAGGCACUCACCCCAAGCUCCAGCCAGACGCCGUGCUCAUCUUGUACAACUACAGCGGGCAGUGCAGCGGCGAGGCGUUGAUCACCUUCCACAGCGAGGAGGUGGCCAGGCGGGCCGUCAGCGAGCACGCCAACAGCCCCUUCUACGGCCAGCCGGUCCGCAUGCUCCUGAUCCACUGACCUGCUCUCCAUCUCUCUCGUCCUGCAAUUUAACCCCCCAUUGAAGAGCACUCAUCUGCCAAUUGCUUUACAUGUAGCAGCAACUUUUUAAUUUGAUCCCAGUGCCACUAAAAAACAAUAUUAAAAAAAGCCCUCCCUUUUCCCUGAUCUGUCAUACUGACACCGCUCACCCUGACACCGCCUGUCCUGACACUCCUGAAGCAGCGGCUGGAGUUUGAGUAUCCACUGGUGACGCCUCAUGUCGGGCUUAUGACUCUGUGGAUGUUACACACAUUAGUAUUUGAGCCUACUGUAAUAGCUGGUUGUGGAGACUAGAAGGUGAGGAGCCUGGACAAAUAUGCAUGUAUAUUUAAAUGCUCUUUAUAUGCCCCUCCCCAUAUGACUGUACAGAUGUUCAUCCUGAAAUGCUUGAGGCUUUACGAACCACUUCUGCACACCAUAUUUUCUGUAUAUUUCUUAUUUUUUCCCUAUUAACCACAACAAGGAUUUUCAGAGUUUAUGAUUCUGCGUGUUAGCUCGAUGCUAACACAGAUGUGUGCAUGCACACUGUUUAUUGAGUUGAUGACCUCCAGCAGUGUAGUGGUGCCAUUAAAAUGAUAAAAAGAGAGAAGCCAUGAAGACUACUGAAGCAACAGUGAAUAUCAAACUGUACUGCUCACUGGAUAAUUUAUAACUAACCUUGGCUGCAGUGACGAUUGGUUAAAACGACUACUUUUCUGUUAAAAAGCAUUUAUGAGUUUGUCAACCCAUUGAGACUUUUACAAGCACUACAAAUUUAUUUUCUCUAAUGUAAGAGUUAAGUGACAGAGCCUCUUUAACUGAGUGGAACGACAAAUUAAUUCCAUUUUUAUUAACUUCACUUCCUUACAUUUUGAUAUAUGACCAGAGGCGUAUCUCGAAGCCUUUUAUAAUGAUCGACCCCAGCUACUAGAUCUCUUCUGUUUUGGUUUCCAACGAUCAGUCUGAAGCUGCUUUAAUUCCUGCUUCUGACCGAGUACUGUGUAAAAGCUGCAGGAGUUGUUCUGUGACAGGCCUGCCGACAGCUGUCUGAGUUUAUCCCCUCCCACUUUUUACCAUGCCUACAUUACCCAGAGUGCAAUACUGGCCAAAACUAGGCUAGGUCAACCUCUGGUGGCAGAGGAGAAAUGUAUUUCUUUUGUUGCAAGUUUGACACUUGAGUUUAUAUCUGUGUAUAAGUCAAUACAAUAAAUAAUGUUAAAAUCUA